AUGCCCAAGGUCUCUGACGUCCCCAACCUCGGCAAGGCUGUCGUCGACGCGCUCCAGCGUGGUGCCCCCGACAUCGACCUCAACGACCUGCCCAUCCUCCAGGACAUGUCCGCCGACAGGCUCACUGAGAACGUCAUUGCUAUCAACUCGAACACCCCCGACCAGCGCCAGAAGUUUGUUCUCGAGCAGCUUGUCAAGCACGUCCACGCGUUUGCCAAGGAGGUCAACCUCACCACUGAGGAGUGGAUGGCUGGUAUCAAGUUCCUCACCGCGACCGGCCAGAUGUGCACCGACAUUCGCCAGGAGUUCAUUCUCCUCUCGGACAUCUUUGGUCUGUCGGCUCUUGUCGACACCAUCAACCACCCCAAGCCCGAGGGCGCUACCGAGGCCACUGUGCUCGGCCCCUUCUUCGUCGAGGACGCCAAGACCAUCCAGAUUGGCGAGGCCAUCGCUUCGGAUGGCAAGGGCGAGCACAUGCUUGUCAAGGGCCGCGUGACCGACCUCCAGGGCAAGCCCGUGGCCAGGUGUCUCAUUGAGACCUGGGAGACUGACGAGGAGGGCUACUACGACACCCAGUACGGAGAGUUCGAGAUGGACUGCCGUGGCCGUCUGUACACCGACGACGACGGCAACUACUCGUUCCGCUGCGUCAAGCCCGUCCCCUACCCCAUCCCCAAUGACGGCCCCGUCGGCAAGCUCCUGCGCUCGAUGGACCGUCACGUCUUCCGCCCCUCGCACCUGCACAUGAUGUUCCAGAAGGAGGGCAUGGAGGAGCUCAUCACCUCGCUCUACUUUGAGAACGACAUCUUCCUGACCUCGGACGCUGUCUUUGGUGUCAAGAGCUCGCUCGUCACCGACCCCAAGCUCAUCGAGGACGAGGCCGUGGCCAAGUCGCACGGCUUCAAGAACGGCCCUUACUGGCACCUCGACCGCGACUUUGUCCUCAUCACCACCGAGGAGUCCAAGGCCCAGAUCGCCAAGGAGCGUGAGGAGCGUGCCAAGGAGGUUUCCGCUUAA